AACAAGAAUAAUACUAGUACUGCUCCUCACAAUAUCAUCCAUCAUCCUCCUAGUAAACAACUAUUCCCAGUCACGAACGAUUCUUCUCCCACGACGGUGCUCGACGGGCCUUAUCCUCAUGGCGCUGGCGGCCCAUCCUUCUCUCGCAGCUCCGCAUUUUCUUUGCCUAAAACUAGAGGGUCUUUCAGGAGCCUGGAGGAUGAAAUUUUUAGAGAUGUCAAUAAGUACCGACAACAUCGUCAUGAUGCCAUUGAUGAAGUUGUUGGGAAAAGAAAGGUGAUCAAUGAUAAGGAGAGAUUCGCUUCUUGGAAAUGGGGGAGCUACAAGGAGAACAACGCUACUACCAAUGAUGGCAGUUUCUCCUUCUCUGCUGGAUAUGAUCACAGUUUUGGUUGUACUUCUUUCGCUUCAACAAGUCGUGGGACAAUCAAGAGGAGAAGCAGCUUCUCGAGUUUCUCUCAUGCCAGCUCCAACCUCAUCGCCGGCAUUUAUGGGAGCUUCAAGCAAGUGCUCCCGUGGAGACGAAGACAAGGACAAAAGAAGGAUCAAACAGUCGGCUGAAAUCAAAUGGGAAUCUCCGGCAGCUGGCUUCAGUACUCUGUCCAAAGAGAAGGAAAUGGAAUAUGCAACCUGCCUGUGCCUUUUGGGGCUCCUUAACUUCGCCUACUAUAUCUCUACCGAAAGGCCACCAUUAAUUUCACGUCCUCAUCGGAUUUCUUGAUCCUGAUUAUGGGGAAAAACUAAAAAUUCAUAUUUUUGUUCCCAUGUAGCAGGAUUUUUGUAUCUAGUACAAUCAAACAAAAUCGCAUAUCAAAAUUGCUGACACUAUCAUGGAUGGAUGCUGCCCACCCUCCAUAUGUAUGUAU